AUGCAACCUAUGGAAGGGAGAGAGCGCACGGGGUGCGUGUUCUGGGAGCCAGAGUCGUGCAGGCCCCCGUCUUCCACCGUCCAGACAACACUAACUUGGACAGAACAAAGAAUGAAGGCUUGGGAUGGCACGGCUCACAACGAGUUACCGCAACGAGGAAGCCGAUGCAUUGGCUUACUCGUAGGGCAGAGAAGGAUCGAUGAGAACCGGGCGCCGGCUCUAUCGUCCACCAGGCCCCAGCUCGGCCCCAGCUCGAGAGUCGAGCACGGUGGUGCGUGCAAAUGCGAUGCAAUGAAUGGGCUUGCCCCAAAUUCCGAUCCCAUGCUCGGUUCUGAGGCCGCCGCGCUAACAGCAAACGGGCCUGACGGCCCACCCCCCGACCCCCACCCUGCGAAACGGAUUGCUGGACUCGCCCAGCACUAA